AAAUUAGACUAUACUAUACAAUACAAUAGUAUAAGUGCAAAUGGAUAGCAAAGUAGCAUGUGUUGUCACCUUAUAUCACAUGUUAGUUACUUGCAUGGACCAUAGCUUUAUCAUUUUCUUUGUUUCUUCUAUCUAAACUUUUCAACCAAAGAGUACUAUAUAUAAAUCACUUACCACUAUUAUGUAAACAGCAAUACAGAAAUUAGUUUUUCAUUACUCUCUAAUACUCUUAUAGCAGCCAGCUAUAUACAUAUGAAAAUGAGAAAUCAAAGUCAUUGCAUCAAGGUUUUGAUUCUUUGUAUUUUGGCAGCUGGAUCAACUCAUGCUCAAUUGCAGCUAGGAUUUUAUACUAAGAGUUGUCCAAAAGCUGAACAAAUCAUCGCAAACUUCGUUCAUGAACAUAUCCGCAAUGCUCCUUCGCUUGCUGCUCCUUUAAUAAGAAUGCAUUUCCAUGAUUGUUUUGUUAGAGGAUGUGAUGGAUCAGUCCUUUUGAACUCAACAAGCAAACAAGCUGAAAAAGAUGCUCCUCCAAAUCUUACAGUUAGAGGCUUUGAUUUUAUUGACAGAGUUAAGAGUCUUGUUGAAGCUGAAUGCCCUGGUGUAGUUUCUUGUGCUGAUAUAUUAGCUUUGUCUGCCAGAGACUCUGUUGCAGCCACAGGUGGUCCCUAUUGGAAAGUUCCAACAGGCAGAAGGGAUGGAGUCAUAUCUAAUUUGGUGGAAGCAAGAAGCCAAAUUCCUGCUCCAUUUCACAACAUCACUGUCCUCCAAAAACUCUUUCAAGAUCAAGGACUUGAUUUAAAAGACUUAGUCCUCCUCUCUGGUGCGCACACAAUUGGUAUCUCCCUUUGCACAUCUUUUUCAAACCGUUUAUACAAUUUUACCGGAAAGGGUGAUCAAGAUCCAUCACUUGACAGUGAAUAUGCGAAAAAUCUCAAGACAUUUAAGUGCAAGAACAUCAAUGACAAUACUACAAUAGUCGAAAUGGACCCCGGAAGUCGUAAAACAUUUGAUCUUAGUUACUAUAAUCAGGUUUCAAAGAGAAGAGGUUUGUUUGAAUCUGAUGCUGCAUUGUUGAAUAAUGCAGUUACAAAAUCUCUUGUGACUCAAUUACUUCAAGGGUCAAUUGAAAAUUUCUAUGCUGAAUUUGCAAAAUCAAUUGAGAAAAUGGGUAAAAUUAAAGUUAAGACAGGGUCAGAAGGUGAGAUCAGGAAACAGUGUGCAUUUGUAAAUAGUUAAGAAUCUUGUCUUGCUGAUUUGGAUUUUUUGGGUUUGGUUAAUUUAUUCCAUGUGAUGUUUUGUCUCAAAGUAAUAGACCCCUAUAUCAUAGGGUCCCCCUAUAUGAUAUGGGUGUUCUAUUAUAUGUGUAUGGUAAUAACAAUUGGGAUCAAUCAAUUGUAAUUCUUAUUUUAUAGUUUGAUGGUACAUUAUAUGUUCUUGUUGUAAUAAAAGUUGAAUUGAGAGAGAAAUUCUAUAUGUA